AUGUCCAACGACCCAUGCAGCCCGAAUCCCUGUAACGAAGGUAUUUGUAGCAGCAAUAAUUUUAUAACAGCAACCUGUGAUUGUUCUGGAACAGGAAUGAAAGGAAACACGUGUAAUAAAAAUGACCCAUGCAGUCCUAAUCCUUGUAACGGAGGUAUUUGUACCAGUCAUAACAACGUGACAGCAACAUGUGACUGUACCGGGACAGGAAUGCAAGGCGAAGUGUGCGAAUUAAUUAACCCGUGUUUUGGGGCGACAUGUAUGAACGGAGGCACUUGCAAUGACUUAGGCAAUGGUACCUUCUAUUGUAACUGCACAGGCAAUUAUGAGGGUGAUAAAUGUGAAACAUAUAAUCCGUGCCUUCUAGAGCCAUGUGUAAAUGGUCAGUGUUACAUAAUAAAUAAUAUUGCAACCUGUAACUGUACUGGAACCGGGUAUGGUGGUACUGCUUGUGAACAAGAUAUUGAGGGUCCAGUUCUAACAUGCCCACUCAGCUAUUCUACAAACACACAAACGGGAAAGGCAACAAGAACUAUAGAAGAAUUCAACGUUACAGUUGAGGAUAAUUCUGGAGAAGAACUUGACAUUACCUCAGAUUUUCCAGUCAAUGCUACAUUUGGUAUUGGUAGCACUCUGGUUACAUAUAAUGCAAUUGAUUCUUCUACAAACCAAGGAAUGUGUACUGUUAUAGUCACCAUAUACGACCAGGAACCUCCAGAUAUCAACUGUCCUAGUAAUAUCUUUAUGCAAAGUGCUGUUGGAGUUCCAAGAUUGUUUGUAACCUGGGACCAAGUGAACGCAACUGAUAAUUCACAAAUACCACCUACAAUUACAUCCAAAUACAAAAGCAACGAUUCUUUUCCUGUCGGUAUAACAGAAGUAAAUUAUAAUGCAACUGACGGUUCUGGGAAUUUAGGAAGUUGCUCUUUUACCGUUUCAAUUGAAGCGUAUAGAACAUUCUUGAUUGAGAUGGGAUUCAAUAAAAUAGACGGUAUGCCAUACGAUUUCACUGAAGCACUAUUAAAUUCAACAUCAAGCGAAUAUAUAGACAUAGUUUUUAAAUUGUGUGAUUCGGUGAGCAACAUUUCCUCUUUGUGUAGAGUAAACUCUUUUACAAAUGGCUCCGUCAUCGUUCAUUUUGAGUUAAGUUUUUCUCAAGGCACAAACUACACAGAUGAUACUCUUAAAUCUGCAAUAAAUUCGUCUAAGACUUCCGAAGUGUUUUUUCUACUAUAUAUAGAUGUAACAGAUUUGAAUAAGCCAGGACUUGCGUGUCCAGAUGACAAGAGCCAGUUAUUGAACGACAGCUGUUUUGUUGAUCCUAUGUUUGAAGUCAGUGGAACAGAUCAUGUUGGCAAUUUGCUCAGUGCUACAUGUACUCCAAUGAUCUUCAAUAGCACUGGAAACUAUACCAUCACUUGUUUGGUUACAGACAUGGCAGACAACUUUGCAUCGUGUAUAUUCUUUUACACUCUUUCGGAUGAAAUUGCACCAAAUAUCACUUGUCCAAGUGACGUUGAAUUUUGUAAUGACAAAGGAAGUGAUUACACAAAUGCCACCUGGGAUGCAGCCAUUGCAACUGACAACUGCUGUAGUGAUAUCAGCAUAAAUGCAAACUACACAAAUGGAGUCCCUUUUUCAAUUGGUGUAUACACAGUAGGGUAUGAAGCAACCGAUUGUAAUGAGGUGACUGGCUACUGUCAAUUUACAGUGGCAAUUAAAGAUUGUGAACCUCCAGUGCUUGAAUGUCCAUCAAACCAAAAUGUAACCGGUGAUUCCGAUUGUAUGGCAGCUGCAAUGUGGGCGGUACCCACAAUCACAGACAACUCUGGAGAUAGUUUUUCAGCAAAAUGUGAUUACAUGAGUGGAAGUACUUUCUCUGAACUUAACUCUACUGUCACUUGUAAUGCUACUGAUGAUAAUGCCAACACUGGAUACUGUACAUUCAACAUUUUCAUCAUUGAUUCUACUUCACCUAAUGUGACAUGUCCAGACGAUAUUACGGUUGAUAAUGGUGUAGGUGCUAAUACAGCAGAAGUGACAUGGGAAUCUGCAGUUGCUACUGAUAACUGCUGUGGAGACAACAUUAAUGUGUCAUAUAAUGCUACGAAUGUCAGUCAUUUUUAUAUCGGCGUUACUAAAAUAGCAACCACGGCAGUGGACUGCUAUGGAAACCAGAAUGAAUGUGUCUUCCUAAUUAAUGUUGAAGACAAAGAAACACCGGUGCUUGAAUGUCCCCCCAACCAAAACUUAACUGCAGAUUCUAUCUGUAUGGCAACUGCCACUUGGAUUCCACCGAAUGUCACUGACAACUCCAGGAAUACUUUCAUUCCGGUAUGUGAUUAUGUAAAUGGAAGCACCUUUUCUUACAACACCAUCGUAACCUGUAAUGCCACAGACGAUUAUGACAACACUGGAAAUUGUACCUUUACAGUUACAGUCAUUGACAAGAUGGCACCAAAUAUCACUUGUCCAGACGACAUUGAAAUAUGUACUUACCCACUGGUUGAUGCAACGAAUGUCACCUGGGAACGAGCUAAUGCUACUGACAACUGUUGUCGUGAAAUCAACGUUACUGCCAACUACACCAGUGGAGAUUCUCUGUCACGUGGUGUAUACACAAUAGGAUAUGCAGCAACAGAUUGUAAUGCAAAUGUCGGUUACUGUCAAUUCACUGUUAAUGUUAAAGAUUGUGAGCCUCCAGAUCUUGAAUGUCCACCAAACCAAAUGGUAAUAGGUGAUCAGAAUUGCAUGGCAAAUGUCACCUGGACAGCUCCAAAUGUUACAGACAACCUUGGAGAAUCCAUCUCACCAGUAUGUGACUAUGUAGAUGGAAGCACAUUUUAUGAUGUCAGCACUGUUGUAACAUGUAAUGCUACUGACAGUUAUGACAACACUGGCAAUUGUACAUUUGCCGUCAAUAUUUAUGAUAAUGCAGACCCAGUCGUAAAUUGUCCUGCUGACAUAGAAGUGUGCGCUCAAACUGGUUCUAUAGUAGCACCUGUCACUUGGGAACCCAUCAAUGCAACUGACAACUGUUGUGGGAAUGUAAACAUAACGUCAAAUUACACAUCAGGAGAUCAAUUUGAAAUUGGUGUACAUGUAGUAACAUACACAGCAACUGAUUGUAGUGAAAAUUCUGCACAUUGCAGUUUUACUAUAGUGGUGUUUGAUUGUGAAGCUCCUGUUUUGAACUGUUCGCAAGUUGUAGAAUUUGAUGCUGAUGACAAUUGCACUUCCGACGUAACUUGGAAUGAAGUAACAGCAACAGAUAAUUAUGAUAGUAAUGUAACUGUAUUUUGUAGCCUGACUGAAGGUAUAUUUCCAUUGAACAACUACACAGUCACCUGUAGUGCAACAGACAUUUCAAGAAACACUGGCAAUUGCUCAUUUAGUUUUUACAUUUUUGAUGUAACAGCUCCCAAUAUUGUAUGUCCAGACAACGUUACGAUUGAUACUAAUGCAGGUGCUAAUACCGCCGUAGUGACAUGGACAUCUGCCAUCGUUUCUGAUAACUGUUGUGAAGAUGAAAUUAUUGUGUCUUAUAAUGCCACAAAUGGCACCAAUUUUAAAAUUGGAGUUACUGAAGUUAGUUUCACAGCAGUAGAUUGCUAUGGAAAUCAGGAUGAAUGUGUUUUUAUUAUUGAUGUUGAAGACAACGAAUCACCAAUACUUCAAUGUCCACCAGACCAAAAUGUAACCGCUGAUUCAAACUGUAUGGCAACUGCGACUUGGGCCGUACCGAAUGUCACAGACAACUCCGGAGAUAUUUUUUCAUCAGUAUGUGAUUACUUUAAUGGAGGCAUAUUCUCUCAACUUAACUCUACUGUCACUUGUAAUGCUACUGAUGAUUAUGACAACACUGGGUACUGUACAUUCAACAUUUUAAUCGUAGAUGACACAGCCCCAGAUUUGACCUGCCCAGUCGACAUUGAGGUGUGCACUGAUCCAGAAAAUGAUUCCGUGAAUGCCAAUUGGCAACGAGCAAAUGUAACUGACAACUGUUGUAGUGAGGUCAACAUAACUUAUAACUACACCAGUGGAGAUACUCUGUCACUUGGAGUGUACACAGUGGGAUAUGCAGCAACAGAUUGCAAUGGGAAUUCUGAUUACUGCCAAUUCACUGUUGAUGUUAAAGGUACCAAGAACGAUUAA